UCUCCACAUCUGGCCUUAAUUUUGAAACCAGUAGUUAUUUUUCUCCUCAUUGUUUUUCAAAAUUAUAUAUAGAACAAUGGCUGAUGAUGAUGAUAUGUACUUUGUUGGUGGAUGUUUUAAUAUUGUGUUCUUUCUGGGGUUACUUAUUUUGUUAUUACUAUGGACAAUGACGACAUGGAAGAAGAAGCUAGGGCAGACUAAAUCUUACAGUGCUGAUCAUACUCUGUGUAAGAAUGGUUGCACAACAACCUCUGCCAUGGAUCAAAGAUCUCAGCUUGGCGACGCCGACAUUAUAAUUGUCGGCGCUGGAGUUUCCGGCGCCGCGCUGGCCUAUGCUCUUGCCAAGGAUGGGAGACAAGUUCAUAUCAUUGAAAGGGACUUAAAAGAAUCAAACCGUAUCAUGGGUGAAAUUCUACAUCCUAAAGGACUCUCGAAAUUGGCCGAGUUGGGGCUUCAAGAUUGCUUAAGCGAUAUUGAUGCUCAAAAACUACUUGGCCUUGUUAUAUACGAGGGUGGUAGAUGGAUCAAGUUGCCAUAUCCCCCGGACAAAAAUGGAUUCGAGAUAUCGGGGAUGUGCUUUCACCAUGGCAAGUUUGUACAGAGGAUGAGAGAAAAGGCAGAAGCUCUCCCGAACGUACGAUUCGAACAAGGGACAGUGGUUUCCCUUAUCGAAGAAAAUGGAGCGAUUAAGGGAGUUCGAUAUAACACUAAAAACUCUCAAGUGGUAGCUUCAACUUAUGCGCCGCUAACUAUUGUUUGCGAUGGCAGCUCUUCAAACUUGCGAUGCACUCUAUCUACUCCCAUGGUGGAGUUUCAAUCUACUCUGGUCUGUUUGAUCUUGGAAAAUUGUGAACUUCCAUAUCCUAACUACAAUAAUGUAUUAUUUAGAGGCUCUAACCAAUUGUUACUUUAUCGAAUCAGUAGCACAGAAAUUGGGCUUAUUAUUCCUUACUCGAAGCAAAACCAGUCAUCCAUUGCCAUGGCCGAUUACUUGAAAACUGUUGUGGCUUCUGAGAUUCCUCCUAUACUCUAUGAUGCAUUCAUGGCUGCGAUCGAUAAAGGAAAUAUAAGGACUACGCCAACCAAAUCCAUGCCGGGAAAGCCUAACCACACUCCCGGUGCAGUUCUGAUCGGGGAUGCUUUGAACAUGCGGCAUCCCAUACUUGCAGCCGGCAUGACUGUAGCCCUACACGACGUAGUUCUCCUACGAGACCUUCUUAGAGGUGUAAAUGAUCUACACGAGGAAUAUGCUCUAUCCAACCUUAUCGAAUCAUUCUAUGCUCUAAGAAAGCAAUUUGCAUUCACAAUCAAUCUUGUUUCUGGAGCACUAUACAAAGUUUUUGAGGCUGCAACCGAAGCUCCUCCCGAGUUUACCGAUGACCUAAAGGGGGCACUCUACGAAUCAUGUCUCGGCUAUCUAAGCCUCGGAGGGUUUGUCGCGCGCAGCGUUAUGGCGACAACCAGUGGCCUAUCCCCACAUCCUAUAAUGCUCUUAAUCCAUGCAUUGGGUAUUGCUGUUUAUGGACUCAUUCACAUCAUACUUCUUCCUUUUCCACCUUCACCCAAAAGACUAUGGGUUGGAGCUAAGGUCUUAUUAUGGGGUGGACUGGUGGUUGUUUUCCCUGUUGUAAAGGCUGAGGGAAUCACAGUUGAAAUGCUAUUUGAUCUUGUUGUUCCUAGAUGCUUUAUUUCUUAAGAGGAUAUUUAUGCUUCUUUCAAUCUGCAGAAUAUUCAUUGUUGUUUUUGUAUUGAAAUAAACAUCAGCCAUUUGAUUAAAGAUGCUUCUUUGUGAUAGA